GCACUAAAUAAACAGUCACUCCAGGAGUCGAACUGUUACCCAUCACUUCUAUUUUCGCAGGACAAGUAGAUGUGAGAAGUGUGUGCCCAUAUUGACAGAUGAGAAUAUUUAGAACGAAAGCCUUGUGAGAGAAGCUGAUUGAUUUUCGCGGGUGGAUUAUCAGUUUGGUGGCCAACGGGUCCGCUGGAGAAACAAGAGUUGCCAUGGAAACUAUUUUGCUCUUCCUCUCUUCACUCCUGGUGUGUAUGGCUGCUGAAGCAGACCCCAGUGCACCGAAAAAGGGGAACCUUGAAGACCCAUUUGUUUAUGACUAUGAGAGUCUCAGGAUUGGGGGAUUGACACUUGCCGUGGUGCUGUUUGCACUGGGCAUUCUUCUCAUCCUCAGUCGGCGGUGCCGCUGCAAUAUCAACCAGAAGCCCAGGGCCCCUGGUGAUGAGGAGGCACAGGAGGAGAACCUGAUUGUCUCCAAGGCUGCGGUGGCUGCCAAAGAGACUCCAGCGGAGAACUGAGGCAACUCCAUGGCACCGCACUGCCAUCUGAAAUGAUGAUCAGUUUCAUUUGAUAUGAAGCCACUAUAACAAUGAAAAGAAAUUGAUGGUUAUUAUAACUGGUUAUAUGACAGGGUAAGAGGGGAGGUAUAUGUUUAGAGGUAUAAUAUGUACAUAAAUCUUGUGCCCUAAAGACAAACCUUUAGCCUGUCGUGCUCUGUUGUGACUGUGCCUAUCCCUCAGUUCUCUUGUCCGUCCCUGUACCUUUCUGUGACAGUCUCACUCCAGUUCUUUGUCUUAGCCAGUAGCACCUUUGACAUAUGAUUGUCUUUUAAGCCUUUGAAGAGUUUUUAAUGUUGUGUGGUCUGCUGUUCUAUGUUUUGUACUACUAUUGCCUUUAGGUUUUAGGAUUUGUCAAUUUGUUGUUUAUUGGCAUUUUGUCAUUUUUGUCAAUUGUCCUGGAUAAUGUUUGUUCCAUUUGGAAUAUAACAUGUAUCCAUAUAUACAGUAUACAUAUUUAAGUAUAAAUAUACAUAUACAUAUAUCAGUACAGAUAAUUUAUGGAUAAGAUAUACAGUUGAAUAUUGUUAAUUUAGGUCUAUGUUUGAAUGACCGGAUGUGUUUGUGUGCACAUGUGAUAUACAUGCGUGCAUAUCCUGCAUAUGUAUGACUGUGUGUACAUCACGAGUGCAUGUGUAUCUUUACAUGUAAAUGUGAUGAGCCUUAUAUAAGACAAUCUCAACUGCCACAGCUCUCUGAGCACAGGAAUGGUUUGCAGGUAUCUGCACGAGCUCCUCCACUGCAGUGUUUUCUUGUCUAAAGUUGAGGGAGCUCCUGCAUCAGCUGUCUCACUGCCGUCUUCUCCACACAUCCUCUCCACUGUUCCGUCACCGGCUCCGCCAGGAUUAACUAGUCUCCAGAAGACUAUCAUUAGUUUUCCCCAUACACACUCACUAGCACCGCAAAUCUGUGAAGCCUUGGUCUCUUUAGAUUUUUUUUUUGUGUUUGUUAAAAUUAAAAUGCUUUGCAGGUCUCUACAAUGUCAUGAUGCUUUGAAUGAUCAUAUGUGUAGAACAGUUUGGGUGCUGAGUCUGAGAGAAGGGAAACUUAAAAUUUAUAUUAUUUAUGUGACUACAUUAACAGUCGCCUAAUGUAAGCCAAAUUAUAAUGAGAGAACAAAUGAACAGUCCUUGUUGUGAAUCUCCUGUCAGGUCAGGCUUUCACCAAUCUUAGUUCUGAGUCUACUUGUUGGUCGUCUGCUGUAUGAGUAAACGCUAUGUUCAUUCAACGCAUGAGGCCUUGCUGUGUAGCAAACUGUUGUGCUUUUGGCAUAAAUAAAUAGAAGUAUGUCUGGACCUAAAA